CACACAGUUCCUAUUUACUACCUAUCAGUAGGACAGCAAGUAGACGUUUUAUAUUUUAUAAAAGUAUAUAAUAACAUAUUACACAAUAUUAUUUGCAUUUAGAGGGAGGGUAAUCAUAAAAGAGGGCCCGACACAGGGGUUCCGCAGCAUACAGUCGACGGAAUCCCCAAGAACCCUUUAAAGAGGUGUUAACUCAAGGUCUUGCAAGAGAAAAGGAAAGGAAGCUGGACAGGGAAUACGACAUAGCGGAAGGUAAAGAAUCGGACCUAGAGCGUUUUAGAUGCACGUGGAAGUAUUUUAUACACUUUCUAAGAGAUUUUUACUUAUUCGUUUACCAUGGAGAAAAAGUUAAGCUUGCAUGACUAUGAAAUAUUCUACAGAAGUGCCCUGUUGGGAAGGCAACAAGUACAUCAAACCGUGCCAAAGACUGUGGAUAGAUUGAGCACGUUCCAACACAUAUGUCGCGUGUGCGGCUGCAGCGACGACGGACACUUCGUGGAGUUGGACAAAUAUCAAGAGUUUGAGUUUGAGCCGACAAUAAGCAACUAUCGACUGCUCUUUCAGCGCGCCUCGUUGCAGUUUCAAUUCAAUACCAUGCCCGAUCUGCCAGGACGUAUUUGCGGCACAUGCGCCUACAAAGGGAAAAUCUUUUUCCUACUCACCCGCCAGUUUCUGAUCGGUCAGCAGAUAAUGCGCACGGCUGUCACCGAUUUUUACCGGGAUAACUAUGGCAUUGAGCCGCCCGAGCAGCUGGAAGAUCUAUUGCAGUUACGCAAGCAAUUAGAGCUCGUCAACAAAGGCAAACCAAAGUCGGGGAGGGUAGCACCCGACCGCAAUAAGAGCCCAAUCAAGGAAUGUGUUAACAACAAACGUAAAAAUAAAUUUAAACGGUUGACUGCAGGUGAUAAUCACUUUAGUUCAGACGCUGUAAACUCGACUGUGUCGGCCAAUUGCAUGACCGGCAAUCUCUCGAAAAAUCGUAAAAACCUAAAUGACCGUCAGGUGUCGCAGUCAAUUAUCAACCUACAUCAGCCUGACAAAAGUCCAGCUCAUGUCCAGAAACCCAGCCAAAAGUCAGGAUCGAAUGGGCCACGUGCUCCUGUUUUACGCAAGGAUAGAACUGAGACCAAGUCAGCCAUGGACAAAACGGAUAUCGUGGAAUGUCACAUAACGCCGCGCUUGCUAAAGAAAAACAUUCGAACCGCCGAACUGCUGCCCGUCAAACCUCUGAUCGAUUACCAAGCUCAACUUAGUGAAGCCGACGGCUUGCCAAAUAAUUUAAAUGUGCCGCUAUCCAAGGCUCAAUUGCAGAAGAAACUAUUGGAGCGGCGCAAGCAAUGGCGCUAGCUAGACUCCAUGGCCUUUUUUUAUAGAUUUUUAAGUUAAUUUAUUUGUAUUUAAUUGACUAUAAUUUAUGGCAUUUAAUGGGUAUAUUAUUCGGCUUGCAUUUCGACACAAACCUCAUUGAAAUUAAUCCAUUUAUGAAAUUUAUGUAACUUCCACACUCAUUCCGGAAGGUAUUGUCAUGUCAUAAAAAAAGAAACAAAAAAUAAAUAAGCCCCAUAUAAAGCACAU